AUGGCAGGAAUGUUAAAGCAGGACUACACAAAGACACAAAAAAUCGUCACCAUGUUGGCUGUGGAUUUCGCAUGGAUCUCUCGAAAAGAGCAGGUCUACAAGUCGCUUUGGAACCAUGUCCUCCCAAUCUACCAAUCUCUGGGUACGACACUACGCCCUCGCGACAAAGAGGCACGACUGCAAGAGCUGGCAAAGACACGACCGGAAGUAGACUUCUUCCUGAGACUGGAGCAGCGAUUAUUCCCAUGGAUCCAGGUCCGCCGGAAAACGAGCAUGUCUCUUCACGGAUCGUUCCAUGGCCGAGGUUUCGUCCUUUGUGGUGGUGACAAGCAAUUCCAGAUGAUGGUCUCCCAUAUGGGCGAGAACGAUCUGUCUCCCGAACGACAAGAAUACAUUCGGCAAAUGACAAACGAUAUUGAAGUUCUAGACAUCACGUACCAUCUGGACAACGGCUACCUAAAGCUCAAAGGCUGGACCAUCAAGCCAUUUGCAAUCCUUGCAUCCAAGUUUGAAGAGGCGAUUUUCAUCGACGCAGAUACUUACUUUCUCAGGUCUCCAGAGGUGCUCUUUGGCGAUCCAGGGUACUUGGCAACAGGGGCCCCCUUCUUUUACGAUCGAACCAUCUUGCCAGGCUGGCGCAAAGGACCGGAUUGGAUCCGCGCCAACAUACCAUCCAUGUCCAACAUACCCCAGACCUCCCGCCCAUUCCGAGGAACGACCGCUCACGAACGAGAGUCAGGCGUUGUGGUGAUCAACAAGAGGAGGUGGCUGCCGGCGUUGUUCUCUGUAUGUAAGAUGAACAGCUUUUGGGAGCGCGACCUUUCAGCGUACCAAACCUUUUAUGGCGACAAGGAGACGUUCUAUAUUGAGUUCGAGCUAGUGGAGCCUUACGCUUUUGUCCGCAACUAUGGUGGCGUCAUUGGAGAGCUUAACCCCGACGACGAUCAGUCGAUUUGUGGAGCACAGAUGCAUUUGGACUAUCUGGGCAGACCUCUCUGGUGGAACAGUGGACUGGUGGGGAACCAGAUGAAUCGCGAGUUGUUCAUCAGGAACGACGAGAUGAAGGAAAAUCUGGCUUACGAACUCGAACUGGACUCGGCUGACGAACUACCGCCGCCUGAAGAACCGGUUGAUCCGGUCUGGGACUACAUGAGAGGUUGUAUGAGUGGUUGUGAAGUCGAAGCGUUGCCAGAAGACGAGGCAGAGCUAGCUAACUCGUACGUCGUCAUGGACAAGAUCUCCAAGAGAGCGGAUUCGCUCAUUGCCCAACACAAGAAUGUGGACCCCAAGGGCGACUGGGACACUAUUUAG